CACGUCUUGGAGGAGCAUUGUCUUGAAGGAGCGAGCAUCUUGAAGGAGCGAGCAUCUUGAAGGAGCGAGCGUCUUGAAGUAGCGAGCAUCUUGAAGGAGCACGUCUUGGAGGAGCGAGCGUCUUGAAGGAGUGUUUUGAAGGAGCACGUCUUGUAGGAGCGAGCGUCUUGAAGGAGCGAGCGUCUUGAAGGAGCACGUCUUGAAGGAGCACGUCUUGAAGGAGCGAGCAUCUUGAAGGAGCACGUCUUGAAGGAGCAAGCAUCUUGAAGGAGCGAGCGUCUUGAAGGAGGAAGCGUCUUGAAGGAGCAAGCAUCUUGAAAGAGCGAGCGUCUUGAAGGAGCACGUCUUAAAGGAGCACGUCUUAAAGGAGCGAGCGUCUUGAAGGAGCGAGCAUCUUGAAGGAGCGAGCAUCUUGAAGGAGGAAGCGUCUUGAAGGAGCGAGCGUCUUGAAGGAGCGAGUGUCUUGAAGGAGCACGUCUUAAAGGAGAACGUCUUGAAGGAGCACGUCUUAAAGGAGCGAGCGUCUUGAAGGAGUGUCUUGAAAGAGCACGUCUUGAAGGAGCGAGCGUCUUAAAGGAGCACGUCUUGAAGGAGCAAGCAUCUUGAUUAGCAAGCGUCUUGAAGGAGCAUUGUCUUGAAGGAGCGAGCAUCUUGAAGGAGCGAGCAUCUUGAAGGAGCUAGCGUCUUGAAGUAGCGAGCAUCUUGAAGGAGCACGUCUUGAAGUAGCGAGCAUCUUGAAGGAGCACGUCUUGGAGGAGCGAGCGUCUUGAAGGAGCGAGCAUCUUGAAGGAGCGAGCGUCUUGAAGUAGCGAGCAUCUUGAAGGAGCACGUCUUGAAGUAGCGAGCAUCUUGAACGAGCACGUCUUGGAGGAGCAUUGUCUUGAAAGAGCGAGCAUCUUGAAGGAGCGAGCAUCUUGAAGGAGCGAGCGUCUUGAAGUAGCGAGCAUCUUGAAGGUGCACGUCUUGAAGUAGCGAGCAUCUUGAAGGAGCACGUCUUGGAGGAUCAUUGUCUUGAAGGAGCGAGCAUCUUGAAGGAGCGAGCGUCUUGAAGGAGCGAGCAUCUUGAAGUAGCGAGCAUCUUGAAGGAGCACGUCUUGAAGUAGCGAGCAUCUUGAAGGAGCACGUCUUGGAGGAGCAUUGUCUUGAAGGAGCGAGCAUCUUGAAGGAGCGAGCAUCUUGAAGGAGCGAGCGUCUUGAAGUAGCGAGCAUCUUGAAGGAGCACGUCUUGGAGGAGCGAGCGUCUUGAAGGAGUGUUUUGAAGGAGCACGUCUUGUAGGAGCGAGCGUCUUGAAGGAGCGAGCGUCUUGAAGGAGCACGUCUUGAAGGAGCACGUCUUGAAGGAGCGAGCAUCUUGAAGGAGCACGUCUUGAAGGAGCAAGCAUCUUGAAGGAGCGAGCGUCUUGAAGGAGGAAGCGUCUUGAAGGAGCAAGCAUCUUGAAAGAGCGAGCGUCUUGAAGGAGCACGUCUUAAAGGAGCACGUCUUAAAGGAGCGAGCGUCUUGAAGGAGCGAGCAUCUUGAAGGAGCGAGCAUCUUGAAGGAGGAAGCGUCUUGAAGGAGCGAGCGUCUUGAAGGAGCGAGUGUCUUGAAGGAGCACGUCUUAAAGGAGAACGUCUUGAAGGAGCACGUCUUAAAGGAGCGAGCGUCUUGAAGGAGUGUCUUGAAAGAGCACGUCUUGAAGGAGCGAGCAUCUUGAAGGAGCGAGCAUCUUGAAGGAGGAAGCGUCUUGAAGGAGAACGUCUUAAAGGAGCAGGUCUUGAAGGAGAACGUCUUGAAGGAGCGAGCGUCUUGAAGGAGCGAGCAUCUUGAAGGAGCGAGCGUCUUGAAGGAGAACGUCUUGAAGGAGCACGUCUUGAAGGAGCACGUCUUGAAGGAGCAUGACUUGAAGGAGCACGUCUUAAAGGAGCGAGCGUCCUGAAGGAGUGUCUUGAAGGAGGAAGCGUCUUGAAGGAGGAAGCGUCUUGAAGGAGCACGUCUUGAAGGAGCACGUCUUGAAGCAGCGAGCGUCUUGAAGGAGCGAGCGUCUCGACCUCCAUGGCCUCCUUUGUGUUGAAGUCGAUGGUGGGGGGCCAUCUGAAGAGCCUCACUGGGGGGCUCGCGGGCGGGGGGGAGGGGGGCGGGGACAAGGGGGGGGGCGACGCGGCCGCGGGUGGGGGGGGGAUGACGCGGGAGGAGUUCGAGGAGUACCGGAAGCAGCUGCUGGAGGAGAAGAUGGAACGUGACGCACACUUCACGCAGAAGAAGGCCGUGCGAGCCACGGUGAGGACGCACUUCAGGGAGAAGUACCGCCUGCCCAAGAGCGAGCAGGACGCUGCCAAAGUGCAGCUCGCGGGGGGGGCAGUGGAACUCCCCCCGGACCUGGCCAAGAUGGUUCGGUCCGCGCAGCAGCAGCAGCAGGAGGAGAAGGAGAAGUCGCUGCUCAACUCCCUGCCCAAUCCGGGUGUGGAUUCUCUCCGGGAGAAGGCCCAGGAGACUCUGCAUGGGGUGCGCCAGGCGGCCGAGCAAAAGUGCAGCGUCAUGUGAGCCCCUUGGGUCUCACCCGGGAGUGAUCAACCUGGGGGUCGCACCUGGGUCACCUUAGGACACCGUGGGGGUCAGAGGGGGGCUAUCACCCCUUGGUCACCCUCUGGUCACUCCUUGUUCAUGUUUUUGUUUGUUGCGGCUGCACCCGAGUCAAGAGCCGCAUGGCUCACAGGGCUAUACCUAAUAAAUGAAACUGAAAAACAGAAAACCCCUUGGUCAUCCGUGGGGCACCCGUGGCUCACCCCUGGGUCAUCCUUUGGUCAUCUGUCGGUCACUCCUUGGUCACCCCUUGAUCACUCCUGGGUUACCCCUGGGUCACCUCUGGGUCACCUCCUGGGUCACCCCUUGGUCACCUGGGUCACCUCUGGGUCACCUCCUGGGUCACCCCUUGGUCACCUGGGUCACCUCUGGGUCACCUCCUGGGUUACCCCUGGGUCACCCCUGGGUCACCUGAGUCACCCCUGAGUGACCUCCUGGGUCACCUCCUGGGUCACCUCCUGAGUCACCUCUGGGUCACCUCCUGGGUCACCCCUGAGUGACCUCCUGGGUCACCCCUGAGUCACCUUCUGAGUCACCCCUGAGUCACCUCCUGGGUCACCCCUGAGUGACCUCCUGGGUCACCCCUGGGUCACCUCCUGGGUCACCCCUUGGUCACGUCCUGGGUCACCCCAGGGUCACCCCUGGGUCACCUCCUGGGUCACCCCUUGGUCACCUCCUGGGUCACCCCUGGGUCACGUCCUGGGUCACCCCAGGGUCACCCCUGGGUCAUCCCCUGGGUCACCCCUUGGUCACCCCUGGGUCACGUCCAGGGUCACCCCUUGGUCACCCCUGGGUCACCCCAGGGUCACCCCUGGGUCAUUCUGGAUCAGCUUGCAACGUGACCUUCAACUCCAAAGCAUCCUGGGCUGAACCUCCGCUCCUCCUCCACCACCACUACCGUCUCCACGACCGCAGCUCGACUCGAGGAUGAAUCGAGAGGCGAUCCGUGAUCCCCCACCCCCCGUGGUUCUCUCUGGGACGGCUCCUAACAGAUACCGCCAUAUUAGGGAGCCCACUGGGCAGCUACGAUGCACUUUUAAAUAAUCUAGGAGAUUGAAAACUCAUUUCUUUAGAACUGCUUUUUGUGUUUAGUUUGUUCGAUUAGU